GUCCCAUCCAAUUGUCUGAGCUAUUUCUAUGCCCCAGUACAAAUGCCAUGCUUGAGUUUAAUUGGUCUUGGUGCUCCUCCCUCAAAGGGCAGGCCUCGAGGCUUUAUUGAGGUGGGGCCAUAGCCUCAUAAAGCUUCAGGAGUCUAGAUAGUCACCCUGUCCCUCUAACCCUGUCCCCAGCAUGCAGUUUUAGGUACAGCUUAAAAUGAGAGCACCCAGAAGAAAUAUGCUGACUACAAUUCAGAGGAGAAUAGAUACUGGUACUGAACUUUUUUCUAAGAGCAACUUUUAAUGGAGGAAGAGGAGAUAUAUCAUUAAGCUGCUGAAUGGCUAAAGGAAGGAGGAGGAAAAGGAGGUCUCUUGGAAAGAGAGAAGGGACGCAGAAAUGAAGGCUGAGUCCCACAUCAGACCUGCUUGUUAUUUUUAUUAGUAGAGUUACUGUCUGCAUUUAUUGCUUACUGUGUGCCAGUCGCUUUAUACCUACCAAGUAAUAUUUUUGACAUCUGUAAGAAUGGGGCAUUUUUAUCCCCUUUUUAUAGAGGAGAAAACUAGAUGAAAGAGGUUAAAGAUCUUGACAAAAUUAUGAAGAUAGAAAAGGGAGGAUUUAAAUCCAGAUCUGCCUGACUCCCAAGGCCAGAAUCCUAAGCACAAACACAAUUUCUCAGACUAGCAUAUUUUGUAAUUUGGCAUUUACACUACAAUUUUGUAAAAAAAACAAAAAACAAAAAAAAAUCUGUAAAAAGUAGCUUUUUCUCUGUUUUUGCCCUAGCCUAGAUCAUUAAUAAUAAUAAUAAUAAUGAUGAUGAUGACAGCGGACAUUUGCAUGGCACUUUACCCUGUGCGAGGAGCUUUUCACACACAUCUAUUCUAAACCUACUAGCUUUCAAGACCAACCAGACCCCACCUUUUCCUCCUGGCCCGUUCCUGCCGGCUGCAGCCCCAAUCCUCCUUCCCUUUUGGAACACCCUUUGCCUUAGAGUCAGAGACACGCAAUAUGAUCUUCAUUCUCUUUAUUACUCUAUUUUCUAACUGAUAAGCCAGUGAUGAGCUCUGCUGAAGGCAGGUGGCAUUCAGCAGCUCACACAGAUUUGGUAGCACACUGUGCCUCUCAGGGUGAGUCCUAUGGCCAGCACACAGCACUUGAUUGAUUGACCCUAUUUCCUCCUCAGGAAGCCAGUGUUAGAGCCCUUCUAGGAAGCUCAGGACCAGAGACACUGCUAAUGUGCUGAAAUAUCAGGAAUCCAAGAUAAUUGAAGCUUCCCCAUAGGGACUUACAGCUACUCUAAGAUAGAAACUGACCCAGACUUUGCACAGGACGCCCCAGAAACACUGCCUUUUCCUAGUGCCUCACCAGUCACUCCUUGGUAUGAACCACAUUCUUGGCGGGGCCCCAGAACCAACUGAGUUUCUGGGAUGGAGUCUCAGGCACUCUUUGUUCUAGUCCAAGCUUGGCUGAUGCAUACCAGGCCCUGGUACCACGCCCAUGGCCUGAUGCUGCCCCAGAAUGCCUUUGGGACCCCCUCCACCCCCUCCCCCCAGAGACAGGGAUGAAUGUCACCCCCCCACCCAAAGCAACCUAUACCAGCUCUUACUGUGACAGACACCAGAAAACAGUUUGACAUAUAAAGUAGGAUUCUGGCAAACUAUAAAUAAAUCUAUAGCUUUCGUGACAGGCAACUGAGCUAAUUUGUGCAAUUAUGCAUAUUUCUUUCCCUGGCUUUGUUCACGUUUUUAUUCAGAAACCAUCUUGCGUGGGGUUUUCAAUUCAACGCAACAAGUAUUUAAUGGGACUCUAAUGUGCAAGACACUCUUGGAUUUACGAAGAUGCUCUCAAGUUCUCAGCCUAGUGGGGUCGUGAGAGGGGAAGACAGCUAAAAGAAGUACAAAGAAAAAUGAAAUGAGGGCUCCUGCUGAUGUGCAAGCAGGGGAUACCCACAUGUAAGGCAGCUGAGUGAGAGAGCCAUCCAACAGAGUGGAUCUCUUGUAAGGGGGAAAUUCAAUAAAAUGAUAGACAUCAUCUGACCAUGAGGAACGACAGGAAUGGGGGGAGAUGGGAUGCUUGGUGUCUACAGACAGGAAACCACAUGUUUUUGCCUGAUACUUGUAAUUGGUCACGCCCUCUUGCACCCUGAAGGGGAAGAUACUUUAUUCUGGGAAAGGUAGUUGAGUGGCCAGGCUUGGGGGUGAGGGGCACUGUUGGGGUGACAGAAACUGUCUUCAGUGGCAGAAGAGUCAAGCUAGAGGAGGCAGAGUAGCUGAUCAUAACAAGAGUAGCCAUUGGGUUAGCUGUAGUCUGUUAAAAGAGGGAGUCUGUUAAAAGAGAAAAUUUUUUUGGAAAAAUUUUUUUAAUGUUUAUUUAUUUUUGAGAGAGAGAGAGACACAGAGCACAAACAGGGGAGGGACAGAGAGAGGGAGACACAGAAUCCAGAGCAGGCUCCAGGCUCUGAGCUGUCAGCACAGAGCCUGACACAGGGCUUGAACCCAGAAACCAUGAAAUCAUGACCUGAGCCGAAGUUGGAAGCUUAACCAACUGAGCCACUCAGGUGCCCCCAAAGAGAAAGCUUUUUGUAAUGUUAACUGACCAUCCUAAUUAUGGGUCAAUUAAAUCUAGCAUUAUGGCAUCAAUGGGCAACCUUGACCUGUCCCUGUUGUGUGGAAAUUCUGUUUUGUCCCCCAUUAAAAGAAAAAUGUUUUUUUUAAUGUUUAUUUAUUUUUGAAGAGAGACAGAGACACCAUGAGCAAGGGAGGGGCAGAGUGAGAGAGAGACACAGAGUCCGAAGCAGGCUUCAGGCUCUGAGCUGUCAGCACAGAGCCCGACGCGGGGCUUGAACCCAUGAACUGUGAGAUCAUGAUCUGAGCUGAAGUCGGACGCCCAACCAACCGAGCCACCCAGACGCCCCUGUCCCCCAUUUUUUAUAUGAAGACCAACUCAGAGAGGUUAAGUAACUUGCCUAAACAUCACCCAGCCACGAAGUAGGGGAACUGAAGGCAUUAAAUUCCCAUUCCACAGCUUUGUGUCCUCUUAGCCACAGGCAGGUCAGCUGGCAGUAAAUCUGAUAUGCAAAGCUCCAUUUUACCAUGCAUUGCCAAGGUGAUAAGUUCAGCAGGAUUUAGCUAGACUUUAAUAAAACUUCUGGCAAUGGAGUUCUCAUGCCCAGUUUUUCAAAGUAAAACAUUUAGGUUCCAAAUGGCAGGCUUCUACACAGAGAGCGUGCCCUGUUACCAUAAGUAGUCCCUUCCACCACUUCUUUCCCAUCUGUUUCCUGCAUGCAGAGUAUUAUUGGGAAACAAUGAUGUCAGCUCUUCCAUAUAAAUCUACACCUCCCUGCUUGCCCCUCCCCUACAAUGCAUAUUUUUGUUCCUCUUUCUGGCUUUUGUCUUGCUGUUCUGUUCCUUAAGGACUCACGCUUUUGGCGUCAAUUGUUGGCUUUCUUUUUUAAUAUGUUUUAGCUAUUUAAGCUUAUUGUGGCCUUCAAAGUGCACAUGCUUUUUUUGGGUCCAUAUUUGGAAAAUCUUUUGUUUGGCUAAUAGCUAGAACAUGGGCCUGAUGUUAAUGGAGAGGAGCCAUUUUGCUUUAUGGGAAAGCAAAGCUAGAUGCAGGGCUCUGAAUCAGCUCAGAAUUGAGGACACAAACCCUGCUUGGAAGCCGUUAGGGGCUGCAUUAAAGCCGUUUGGACCCUGGGUACAAAGCCUAUAGGUGAAGGUCAAGGAAAUCUACUCAUGGAGUAAUCUGUGUUUUCUCACCCCAAGCCUGACUUUCAAAUGGGACAUGGUUUCCUCAGUUCCCCUUUCUUUACUGCCCCUAAUGACAAUUUGGUUUCAGAAAGGAAAGGGGAGUGGGUAGGCCUUGGGGAUAGGGGGUGGGGAGUACGAGCUUUGAAUUCUGGAUCGAAAAAUUCUGGACCUCUCUUUUUAAGCCUCGGGCAGUGAUACUCAAAACUUUACUGGGCAUAAGAAUGACAAAAAAUGCAGUUUUUACUUUUAAAAUUUAAUUUAAAAUCGAACUUCAAAAUUAAAAAGAAAUAUCGGUUAAAUUUAGUACACUAUUAGUACACUAUAAGGAGCAUUAGAAAUGCUCCUUAAAUUUCAUUUCAGUCUCCUUGAAACAAAAUGGACAUCUAAUAAAAGUUUCCUCUAGGCAUCUGCCUAGGUCCUAUAGUAUCUGGGUCUGUGGACGGCAAGAGGUUUCACAGAACGAGUGCUACGGUUUACAGGGCUCCAAGCGGUAGAGAGCUGCUGCAUAGUAAUAUCCUGAGGUCAGGCCUCAGAGAUUCUGCUUUUGUAGGCCUGAGAUGGAGUCAGGCCCCAUUUUUAAAGACGAGCUCCAGGUGAUUCUGGUAUCUUUGGUCUACUGAUCUCACUUUCAGAAACAUGGACUUAGCCCACAGAAAGAAGCAGCUAAGUAAAACCACAUGACUUUUAUUUUCUUCGUUAUAUUUUAUAUAUUGCCCAGUUUUUCAAUAGUGGACAUGUAUGUUUACGAUUUAAGUUGGGAAAAUAAUCUUUUAAAAUUAUUAUGGGGAUGGGAUGUCUUGACUCAUUCAAUUUUUCAUAAAGCCUUUUCGUUUUAAUCCUUAUAAAAAAAAUCUUCAUAAAGUCUGUUCGUUUCCUUUCCUGCCUUGAUAGGUACAGUUUAGUGAUAUCAAUUAACUUCCCCUCUGAGAAGCAGUGUAGCCAGGUGGUUAGCAUGUGGCUUUUUUGCUGAUAGUCUGCCUUGGUUCAAAUGUCAGCUCUCUCACAUGCUGGCUUUGUGACCCUGGACCAGCUAAGAAAUCUGUCUGUGCUUCAGUAUCCUCAUCUGUAAAGUGGGGAUUAUGAUAGUAAUAGUACCCAUUGUUCAGGGUUAUUAUGAGGAUUAAAUGAACUCGUGCACUGCCUGGAAUUUUUGUAAACCUUCUGUAAGUGUUGACUCUGGUUAUUACUUCCUUGGUGAUUGGAAAUCUUACCCUGUUUCAGCAUUACUCAGAGUGUGGUUCCUGAGUAAUGCUACAGAUGUGGAAGUUGAGAGAGCUGAAAACAAACACUGUUCCAAGGCUCCCAUAUAUCCCUAGGGUCUUCCUCUUUAAAAAAAAAAAAUUAUUUCAUGUGCACCCAAUUAUUUAUUUUCUUUGAUGGCAUAAAAAUGCUGGUUUUAAGACCUUUAUUUGUUGAUAAAUAUUUCUGGGGGUGGGACUGUGGCAAACUUUCUAAAUCUUACAUGUCUUUAGUAAUCAGAAAAAAUAAUCUAAAAACGAAAUGAAAAAGAAAAAGAAAAUGAGGGUUACGGUAAAAGGCCAUAGUGACAGCCAUCCAAUCUUCUGGUUUCCAUUUGUAUUUCAGGAGGGCUAUAAAUCUGGAAAAUGAGCCCAUUUUCAUCACUGAGGGAACAAUGUAAGACCUGGGUUCUAGUUGGCCCAUAUGAUAUAUCUGUCUAUUUCUUUGCUCCACAACGUCAUUUUGACAGUUUACUGAUCUGACUCAAUCUUAGGAUGUAUGAACAGAAUCUUAGGCUGUAGAGCAUAUGGAUCCACACGGCACUCUUUGUGGGUUGACUGUGUGUUCAUUUCUCAGUGCUUUAUUUGAAGAUAGAAGCUUGUACACAGAAGUAUAUUUAGGAAGAUGAUCAAGGUGGUGAAGUGUAGACCUUUAUUACUUCUCACCUCCAACUUCCACCCAUCAUAGUUUCCUAAAUUGCCUCCUCCCCUGAGUAGAAAGAAAAUUUUCUCCUUGGAGACUGGGACCGUUUUCCGUUUAUCUGUGUGUUAGAUGUCUGCAGGACUGGUUCCUUUCUGGAGGGUCUCAGAGAGAAUCCGUUUUCUUGCCUUUUCCAGUUUCUAGAGGCUGUCCUCUUUCCUUGGUUCAUGGCCCCUCAUCACAUCUCUUUGAUUUCCUGCCUUUUUCUUAUAAAGACCCUGUGAUGACAUCAGAUAAUUGGAUAAUCUCAUCUCAAGAUCCUUAGCUUGAUCACAUCUGCAAAAAUCCUUCUAGAUAUAUGAGGCAGCAGGAAUAAGGACAUGGACUACUUUGGGGUGCCAUUACUCAGCCUACCACAAUCUGUUUUCCCCACAGCACGUUGGCUCAAAAGAUAUUAACAAUGUGAAUGAAAGGAAUAGAGUGGUGAUUAUGCGAGGGGAGGAAGAGAUGAAAAUCAGCAUUUACUAAGCACUCAUCAUGAACCAGGCUCUGGGUUAGGGGGGACACAAGGAUGAACAUGUAUUGUCUGUCCUUGUGGGAGCUCACAGCCUCAUGCAGGAGAUGGACACAUCCUCAACGGAUUCUUACCAAACCACAAUGGGAGGUGGAUGACAUUAAGUCUGACUCAGAGGAGCUGAGUCUUCUAAAAUGAGUGGAAUUUGAGAGGUCUCUCUGCCUGAAGGGAAGAUAUUCCAGACAGAGGGAAGAAUCUAAGCAAAGGCAUUGGGUGUAAAACAAUAUGGCAGGAUCAACAUUCUCAAAAGAAGAACAAAGAGAACAAGGGUGAAGCAUGAGCCACCUACCUGCCUGGACUAGGUUUAUAGGGACAAAUGGCUUAUUAAAUGACCAUUAUAAAUCUGCCAAAGAAAGAAAGAACAAUGAGCACAAAAGGGCCAGUUUAAAUUCCAGUUCGAUAAAGAAUCUUGAGCCACAUGUCAAGCUUCUGUGUCCUUUUUGCUAUUUCUGUUGUUUCUGGUAAGAAAAAACUUGGACCCCAGUCUAGAAUAAACUUCCUCCAGGUGGGGGAAAAAUGAAGUGCCCCAAGCAGUUAUAACCCAGAGUUUCAGUUUAUUCCAUCUAUUUAUAAUCUUAGGAAAUUUCACUUCUCUCUGUCUUGUGGAUGAUAACCAGAGCGAUGUUUAAUAUUUCAAGUCCAAGUUUUAUUUGAGUUGAAAAAUAUUGUAAUGUUCCUUCCCACUUACCUCCUGGCUAUACUUUGACUCCAUCCCAUCUCUUUUCCUUCCAAGUUUCUCUUCAUCUUUGUCAAUCCUCCAGUAUUAGAAACCGUGGAGCAGGGGCACCCUGGUGGCUCAGUCCGUUGAGUGUCUGACUCCUGAUUUUGUCUCAGGCCCUGAUCUGACAGUUCACAGGAUUGAGCCCCAAGUCAGGCUUUGUGUUGACAGCAUGGAGCCUGCAUGGGAUUCUCUCUCUCUCCCCCUCUCUCUGUCCCUCCCCUGCUCAGGUGCUCUCUCUCUCACUCAAAAUAAAUAAAUAAACUUAAAAGAAAGAAAAAGAAAGAAAGAAAGAAAGAAACCAUGGAGCAGCUAUCAGAUCCAUUGUUCUUGUCAGUUUUACUCCCAGGUGCCAUUUUGAGCCUGGCCCAGUAUGCUCCUCCUCCCCUGUGGGAUGGCCGUCCCCACCUCAGAGCAGUAUCCUCCCACCCCGCUAGGUCCCCAUCUCUGAGGAGACCUCAGGGUCCUUUGGAUGUGGGCCUCCCUGUCCAGUGUCCACCUCACCUCUGCCAGAUUCCACAACUCCAAGGACUAAAAAUACUUCAGCCUCUGCUUUUCCCUCUGGCAGGAGCUCAAACUGAUUUUGUCCCUUGUGACUGAAAAGCACUGAGAACCAGAAGGAAGCAAGACUAGCUGGAUGGUCAGCUGCUUUCUGAGGGGCUCCUCCCAGAGGUGUAUGCGCUCUGACUCUGGACAGUGGUCGUCUCCAUCACUCCCUCACCAGAAUAGUUCCUCUGGCAACUCUGCCAGCACUUGACUCCUGACUAGAAUUGGCAGGAAUCAUGAAAAAAUACAGGAUGUGAUUUUAAUGAGGAAUAAACACCUGCCGGAGGUGCCAUAGGUCCCCUUCUUUUGUAAAAUUUUCGAAGUAAUUGUAAAAAAAAAAAAAAAAUUCAAACGACAUGGAGACUUAUACAGUACAAAGUCCCUUCCUACAUCCUUGCAAUCCCAUGUGUCAGUCUGGGCUGGAUUCAAUCAGACUAGUUCUGUCCAGCGGAACUUUCUGAGGGACAUGUGUUCUCUCUGCACUGUCCAGUUUGGCAGCCACUAACCACAUAUGGGCUGUUAGCACUUGAAUGUGGCUAGUGCCACUGAGGAACUGAACUGUACAUUUUAGUUAAUUUAAAUUUACAUAGGGGUACGUGGGUGGCUCAGUUGGUUAAGCAGCCAACUCUUGGUUUCUGCUCAGGUCAUGAUCUGAUGGUUUGUGAGUUCAAGCCCCACAUCAGGCUCUGGGCUGAUAGUGGGGAAACUGUGUGGGAUUCUGUCUCUCUCCCUUUCUGGCCCUCCCACUCUUUCUGUCUCUGCUCUCUCUCAAAAUAAAUAAAUACAAACUAAAAAAAAUACCCAAAAAUUUACAUAGCCUUAUGUGACCAAUGGCUAUUGUAUUGGACGGCACAGAGACCUUUCUCUGUAUAUAUACUAAAAAAUAUACACAUCGAGUGAGUUUGUUUUUUCCCCACAAAGAUAAAGUUACAACAUAAAUAUGUUCUGAAACAUGCUGUUUUAAAUAACAGCAGGUUUUGGAGAACUAUCCAUUUUUGUAAGUAUAGCUCAAUCUCACUCUUUUUCAUCACCACAUGGGAUCCUGCUUAAUGGGUGGGUUUUUAAUUUUAAUUUUUUUUUUAAGUCAGGUAUCACAUUCUUGUGUUUCCGAAUGUAAAAGACUCUAAAGGGCAUAGUAAAAACUGCCCCCCCCCAUCCCUGCCCUCAGCUUCCCUGUUCCUCACCCCGGAAGUAACUAGUAUUAAUUUUCUUGGAAAUCUUUCUAUAGAAAUUCUGUGCAUACACAAGCAAAUAUAUAUGCUUUUAAUAAAAUAUCAUAAUUAAUGUAACCAUUUCUUUCCCUUUUUACAAGUUCCUGUAAGUCUUCUCUUCUUGUCUAAAUACUGAUUAAUUGGGGACACCUGGGUGGCUUAAUCGGUUAAGCAUCUGACCUCUGCCCAGGUCAUGAUCUCCCAGUCUGUGGAUUCGAGCCCCAUGUCAGGCUCUGGGCUGACAGCUCAGAGCCUGGAACCUGCUUUGGAUUCUGUGUUUCCCUCUCUGUCUGCCCCUCCCCCGCUCAUGCUCCCCCUCCCCCUCUCUCUCAAAAAUAAACAUUUAAAAAAAAUUUUUUUUAACGUUUAUUUAUUUCUGAGACGGAGAGAGAGACAGAGCAUGAGCAGGGGAGGGGCAGAGAGAGAGGGAGACACAGAAUCUGAAACAGGCUCCAGGCUCUGAGCUGUCUGCACAGAGCCCGACACGGGGCUCAAACUCACAGACCACAAGAUCAUGACCUGAGCUGAAGUCAGACGCUUAACCGACUGAGCCACCCAGGCGUCCCAAGGGAAUUGCAUAUAUUAAAAAAUGAGAGUUAAGAUUGCAAAUCUUAACUCUCAUGAACAAAGCUAUCUUCUUUUUUUCUAUAAAUAACACAAGCAAUGUCAGUACAUAUGGUUUGUGUGGUAUCCAUUACCCAAAGGUACCUGACUGAGGGCUGGUGGGGCUGGAAUUCAACCUGAAUUCUGAGCCCAGGCAUGAGGCUGCAUCUACCUAGAACAAAAGGCACUCUUUUAUAAUUUACACAAAGGCUCCAUAUAUGCAGGCAGAAGCCCUGGUGACUAUAGGAUUAUGUCCUCCCUAUGCUCAAAGUGGUAGAGGGUUAUUGCCCAUAUAUCCCCCUGAUUCAUUUUGAUCGUCCCCCCGCCCCCGGGUUUAUUCUGUUAAUAGAGAAUGUCACUGUAAUUCCCAUGACAAUGGAUAUUGGCUUGGCAGAUAAUUUUCCCAUCCUUUUUUGGCCCCAUGUCUAGGGCUUUAGGUACAAAGCCUUCUUGGAUUGAUAAAUUCAUCGGUGCCCUUCUUCAAGCAGCAAAUGCUAAUGUGAUUGCUGUGGACUGGGUUUAUGGCUCUACGGGUAUCUACUUCUCAGCCGUGCAGAAUGUGGUUAAGCUGGGCCUAGAGAUCUCCCGUUUCCUCAAGAAACUACUGGUGUUGGGUGUGUCGAAGUCCUCAAUCCACAUCAUUGGUGUUAGCCUGGGAGCCCACGUUGGGGGCGUGGUGGGAUAUUUCUACGAAGGCCAGUUAGGACGGAUCACAGGCCUGGACCCCGCUGGACCAGAGUACACCAGAGCCAGCCUGGAGGAGCGCCUGGACCCUGGAGAUGCCCUCUUUGUGGAGGCCAUCCACACAGACACUGACAAUGCGGGUAUUCGGAUUCCUGUCGGACACGUGGACUACUUCGUCAAUGGAGGCCAAGACCAACCUGGCUGUCCCACCUUCAUUCAUGCAGGUUACAGUUACCUGAUCUGUGAUCACAUGAGGGCCGUGUACCUCUACAUCAGUGCCCUGGAGAAUUCCUGUCCAUUGAUGGCCUUUCCCUGUGCCAACUACAAGGCCUUUCUUGCUGGAAAAUGUCUGGAUUGUUUUAACCCAUUUCUGCUUUCCUGCCCAAGGAUUGGGCUGAUGGAACAAAGUGGUGUUAAGAUACAGCCGCUUCCCAAGGAAGUGAAAGUGUACCUCCGGACCACUUCCAUGGCUCCGUACUGUGUGCAUCACAGCCUCGUGGAGUUUUACUUGCAGGAGCCAAGAAAGAAGGAUACCUGUAUCUCCAUCACCUUCCUUAGCAGCAACGUUACUUCCUCGGUCGAGAUCACCAUACCUAGACAGCAACUCCAGGGGAGAGGAAUCAUAGCUCACACCAAUGCUCAGUGCCAGAUAAACCAAGUGAAAUUCAAGUUUCAUUCUUCCAACCUAGUUUGGAAAAAAGACCGGACUACCAUUGCUGGAAAGUUCUGCACUGCUCCUUUGCCGGUCAAUGACAACAAACAGACUGUCUGCUUACCUGAGCCAGUGAACUUACAAGCGAGUGUGACUGUUUCUCAUGACCUGAAACUAAAGUGUGUAUAGUAUAAGCCUGGGCAGGAUGCAUCUCCCUGGAUUUCAGAGGUCGGGAAACUAUGUUCAACUUACUCUAGGCAUUACUACUAGAAAGAAGGCAAAACUCAUGGUUAUU